AUGAGUGUCACCUCAUUUACCCAAGUUGAGCCCGGCUCCUCUGCUGCUACCUCCAAUGUUCCAUCCAACCUUGGAAUUUUCGCCUAUGAUGACAACAUCUGUCCACUGGGCGACUCUUUUUCAGCCACCGCCCUUACCACAACAACUUCCCCUUCAGCUCUAACGACCUUGGUUUCGGCCACUUUUGCUCAAGGUACAUUAAACAAACGAAUGUCUUCUCAUGCACGCUUUGUGCCCCUCGAGAUAACCCGCCAGAUCGGGUUGGGUACGCGCACAAAUCCCUACGACUUACGGUCUGGCUUUGCUCUCUGUUUACAGUGUCAGACUACUUGCGGUUAUCCCAGUUCCAACAUCCAUUGGUUCCUUAGUACAAAGAAUGUACGUUAUUUCUCUAUACACCUCACUAUUAUGACCUCUUCUAGUGAGUUUACGUCUCCCCCAAGCCGCCAAGAGGUCUCCACUAAGCUUUGCGAUUCUACCGAGAAGCGAAACAUGACCACAACUCUCUCGCGGACCUUUAUUCACUGUGGCCAACUCGACCUUAUUGGUCUAAAUCAAAUUUACUGCCGGGUGAAUGGGACCCAGUACUUGCCAAAUCCUAUUUCAGCUAGUCUUCAUUCCAUGCCGUCUUUCGUCGCUCCUGAUACAGCUGCAUUAUCUUCUGGUGUAUUGGACUCUACUCUCCAAAAGCAGAUCUAUGUACUUUGUCCAGACCGGCUUAUUUCUGGCGUCGACAAACCUGAAGCAAAAAUUCGAUUUUGGAAAUCCGGCAACAUAGGUCCUAACUUUAUUCUUUAG